AUGGAUUUGAUGGAUGUAGACGGGGGCCGUAGCUGUGGAGAAAAAAACUGCGGCCUUACAUCUGGCUUCCCGGAGGACUGCUCCAACCAAGAGUGCCACUGGGAGGAACCUAUGUUUGGACUGAUUGAAUUAGUGUGCGUGACUGUGAUUUACAUCCCCCUGAUGUUAUUUGGCCUCCUGGGAAAUAUACUAACAAUUCUGGUGGUUUGGCUGCGUCCACACAUGAGAACCUCCACCUACCUCUACCUGAGCAGCAUGGCUGUUAGUGAUCUGCUGAUACUCCUGCUGCUGCCUCUGGAUUUAUAUAAGCUCUGGAGGCCCCGGCCCUGGCCCCUGGGAGACCUUGCCUGUAAGCUGACUAUGUUCCUCUCAGAGUGCUGCACCUUCUGCACCAUCCUCCACAUCACCUUCCUCUCCCUGGAGAGAUACCUGGCAGUCUGCUGGCCGAUCACAGCCAAGACAGUAGUGACACGGCGCAGAACCCGGGCCAUCAUAGGCUGCCUCUGGCUGAGUGCGGCUGUGAGUGCCGCACCAGUGCUGGUCAUGGUUGGAGUGGAGGACGUUGGACGAGAAGACCUCGGGCUCAUCCAAUGGAAAGAAGACGGGGGGUGGACAGGCAGGGAAGGAGAUCAGGGAGGGUUUAUGAUGGGUGGAGGAGAAAAAGAAAGCAGACACAUGGAUGGAGGCCCAGAGGGAAUAAAGUGGGGUGAAAAAGAGACAAAGAGUUGGGAGGAACGAGCUGGUGAACUGAAAUGGAUCGGAGAAAAAGUGGAGACAGAAACAGCAGAAGUAGAUAACAGGCCACCGGAAGACAAAGACGGAAAGAUGGGAUUAGAGGGAGAGCAGCAAAACAAAAAGGAAGACGAGGGAGGAGGACUGGACGGAAGCUCCAAUGAAGGCCGUGGGGGAGAGACUGACAAGAGAGAGUGCCGCUGUACACAUUUUGCCAUCUCCUCUGGCCUGUUGUCAGCCAUGAUGAUUCUCUCCAAUUUGUAUUUCUUGGUACCUCUCUGCAUUCUGGGAGUGGUAUAUAGUCUGAUUGGGCGCACACUGUGGCUCCGCCCAAAAAGCAGCCGUAGAGACCAGAGUCACAGGAACACUGUCAAAAUGCUGGGAGUGAUCGUCUUGGCGUUCGUCUUGUGUUGGCUGCCGUUCCAUGUUGGUCGAACCAUAUUUUCUCUUUCUCUGGGCACUGGGACUGAGAGACAGGAAACUUACCUGGACACUAACUCCCAGUCAGACACUAUCACGCAUUUUGUCCCGGCAGACUGUGAGAGAACAUGGACCCAGCGGACUUACAGCUGUAUGCGUGAGGCUGCCUUCGCCCAGCUGGAUGAAGAGCUCCGCUGGAAGCCGUGGCGCACUCCUGAUUGUGAGCGCAUAUUCUGUGGAACUUGGCUAGCUCUCAAAGGUCCCUGGAGCUGCCGAAAACCCCCACCAGUCGCACCCAAGCUUCAGCCGCUUCAGGUGGGAGUGCUCUGUUUUUCUUCCGACGCUCCAGCUUCUGCGUUGCCGUCCCGCAUGUCAGAGGCUCAGCUGUACGCCCAGGGCUUCCUUGCCUUGGAGGAAGCGACGCUCACGCCGCCGUCACUUUUCACCUGCUGA